GGGGGAUCUUAUUCGGAACAAAGAUAAUCGGAUUGUACUGACUUUUUCGCCAUGAAUUGGUGAUUGAUUCCUGAUUUUUAAUCAUUCUUGUAUCAAAUUUCGUAAUGAUCGCGUCGCAUGUAUUAUCGCUGACAUCUGGAACGUAUUAGCAGGAGCGGAACGCACAUUUUCAGUGUAAUUUUUCAGAGUGAAUCUCGGCCGCUCAUGGUCUAACAUUUGCAGCCACGUUGGAAGUUCAUCGCUAGAAGGCCAAGAACUCGUUUCCAUCGUGAACUACAACACAAAAUAAGGAGGAAUCUAUGAGAAGAAAAGCACAAUUAGAUGUACAAUUCUCAUGAAAAGAUUGCACAGUAAUCCUUUUGUGAAAUAGUUACUCUUACAUAAGCGUGUAUAUAUACAUUUUUAUGUAUGUAUUCUUGUGUAUGUAUGACAUAAGCAUAUUACAUAUACAAUAACAAAAAUUAAAAAUUGUGCUUAACUGUGCUAUGUUUAUAAAGAUAAAUGAAAUGUAUGGCAAUCGUAAAAACAGAGGUUUGAACUCAUUAGACGGCAUGUUAUAUUGGACAUCAUCGAGUGAAGAGAUCCAUUCACGUAAAUUUAAAUUGCCCGAAGCAUCGACUAAACAUUAUCCAAGAAAAAAUAGAUAUCGAUUUCAACACACAAUAGCUAGAUCAUUGCUUGUUGAUACUUAUACAGGUACUUGGAAUUCGCCAAAUGCAAGUUCGGACUGUUGUUGUACGUCAUACAAGUCAUUUCGAACGUUAUCUAGGUCAAGUAAAAUAAUGAAUGCACUCAGUUCCGCUCAUAGUUCCUUUCGUCAAGACACUGUAGGAAUAAGGAAAUCAUUGAACUUUGACUCGAGUCCAAGUCCAAAGGGGAACAGUAGUUAUGACGAGAAUUCUACCAGUUCGAUCAGCACUGAUGCAUCGUCAUUCGUAUUAAAUUUAAGUUCAGUUGAUUCAACUGACAGUAAUGUCCCGAUGACAUCUGGGGAAUCUAUCGACGAAAAUCAGAAUCAAACUCCUCAACAAAAUCGGAAAUCGAUCUAUAAAACUGAUAUAAGAGAUAAUAUGCGAUCAAGAACGAUUUAUUUAAUGUCGUUGAUCAAGGAACAAAAGGAGGCAACCAACAAAAAUGCCACUCAAGGAUCUUCACGUCCUUUUUGCUCAUUCAACUCACUCAUUGAAUCAAAAUUAUCCAGCCGUAUUAUAACUGCGAGUACACCCAGGAAUCUAUCUCAGGAAUUUAAUCAAGAACUAGACGAUAGAUCACAUACACCUGAAAAUAUGAUAAAUGUACUUCCAGAAAGUAUAAGUUCUAUUAAGAAGAGCCACAAAAAGGAAAAAUUAUAUUCUCAUGAAGAACAAUCAUCUAUUCAGCAAAUGGAUGUUUCUAUAAAAAAUGAUAAUUUACAUUCAAGAACAGCUAUGGAAUCUCCGGGAAUAGAUAUGAUUGCUACAAGUAGUUGCUAUAUUGUUUCUGAAAAUGAAUCUCAUAAGAAAAACAGGAAUAUUAAGAGAACACUUAUUUACAAUGACGAACAUUGCGACACUAAAUCAGAUUCUGAUCACAAUCUGCAGCAGAAAACCGCAUCGACAAUAAAUGAUUCGUUGGAAAGUGAAUUGGAUCAAAUAGAAAGUGAUAAAAUGCAAGAUAUUGAUUCCAUCGAUGAGAGUUGUGAAGAAGAUAUGCAAGUUAAUGUAUGUCCUGUAGAUCACAAUAAUGAAGAAAAAGAUUGUUCCAACGAAAACGUUUGCAAUGAAGAAAUAAGUCAGUUAUUGUUGCAAAACGAAUCGUCAAGUAUUUGUAAUGUUAAUGUGACCAGUGAGAAUAGAAUAGCGUCUCCAGAAUCUAGUUCAAAUAUUUCUCAAAAUGCUAACGUAGUAGUUACACCCGAAAACAACGUAAAUAUGUUAAAGCACGUAUUGACCGAAUCGAUUAAGAAAUCGCACAAGAAGAUGAAACAUGGAAAUAGAAAGAUGUUGUUUAAAACCCCCAUCAAAGAUCCUCAUCAAAAAAUAGGAUUAACAAAAUCUGAAAUCACACUCGAGGGUGUUUGCAAUAUUGAUCAAGAUAUUGAAAGUCAGACACCUGAUGCGAUUCAUGUCUCAAGCCCACAGAAUUCCGAGCUUGAUCGACCAAAUACACCCGAAAAUAUAAAUUCAAGUAGACUCUUAUUGCUUGGCUUUCAUUCAGUUAAAAAGUCACAUAAGAAAGACAAACGUAACAAAAGAACUUCCAAUUUUAUUGAAUGCCAUGGUUACGAAUAUAAAGAAGGUAAUUCAUUACGACAUAAAUAUAGAGAGGAAAUUUGCAGAACCUUACGUAAGAAUAAAUCUCCUGACAUAUCACCUACAGAGAAGUCAGUAAGCACUUUUUUGCAAAGUAGUACACCCAAAUUUCCAAGUGCUUUCUUGUCUUUAGGAUUUAAAGAUAUAAACGAUGAAUUUAAGAUUUUUACUCCCAUUAAAAAACGACGAAUUCCAGUUGAUGUUACAAAUUAUGUUUCUGCUGCCGGUAUGUCACAAGAAGACGAUGAAUCUGCACAAGCAACAUCGAAGGAAAUUGAUUGUUCCAGAUGCGUGACGCCAGUAGCACAUUGUUCCAAAUUGAGAAAACAUGAUCUUACAUCGGAACGCGAUAACGCCAAAAAAUCUGAGACUGAUAUAAACGUUUUGAAAGUGACGGAUACUACAAAUCCAAAAGAUAAGAAUGGUAGAUCAACUCCAAUAAAUAUGUCGACGACGGAGUUGCUUUGUAACAUAGACUCGAUUAAAAAAUCACAUAAGAAAGAUAAGCAUAACCGUAGCAAGGAGCUGAUUUUAAAGAAAAAACGGUCAUAUGUCGAAAAGAGUGAGCAUGUCAACUUUGGAAAUAAUGAUAAGAUGUUGGAAGAACCUACCUGUUGGUCUUUGAAGCAUCAUUUCGACAAAAAUUGUGCUGAAAAAGAGAUGUGUAAUGUUAUGUGCGAAAAGGAGAAAAACAAAAGUUAUAAAGCGAUUGUUUAUGACGAUCCCGAUGAUCCUCAACCGUCUACAAGUCGAGGAGCAGACAAUAUGGAAAAUACAAAAAAUACCAUAAAAUCCAAAUUUCUGGAUACAACACCUCCAAAUAGCUUAAGCGCAAUGAAAUUAAUGAAAUUAGUGCAAACGACUUCCAUUAAAAAGUCUCAUAAAAAAGAACGCGACAUUAACGCACAAACCAAGUACAUUUUGAUGAGCCAGGAACAUGAGUUAUCUGAUGAUGGAUCGAUAUUCGACGAAGAGGAAAGAUUGGAUUUUAUUCAAAAUGACAGUAUCGCCCAAGAUGACAUAUAAUAACAUACAAUAGAUAAAUUAAAAUAAGGUCUAUUAGAUGAUGUUAUUGCGAUAAGAAAAUAAACAUAAUACACAAGAUGCCUUAGUAACAGAUAUAAUAUGUAACAAGAAUUUUUUUCUAACGGAGGAAAUUUUUUAAUUAAUUUUUGAUAAAUUUUUCAAUUAUCAGCAUUGUAUGUGUGUCUUUCACGUAAAUUCCAAGUUAGAAAUUAAAAUUGAGGAUUAUAUCUUUGCUUUCUUUGCAUAGUUUAAUUCGUGAAACACUUAUUUUUAACGCAGAGAUUACUGGAAUCUUGUUGAGAUAGGAGAUAGGGUGGUUUAAAUAAAAAAAACAAACACUAAUAUUAAUAAAUAUUAUGAUUGAAAUUGUGAUCAUGUUCAUGUUCUUUGUAUACUCUGCUUAUUUUAGAAGACUAACUAA